CCCCGAGACGAUCCGACGCAAGGUGGAAAAUGCUACCGGGUUUAUUUGUACCAUUGCCAGCUUGCGAAAUGGCCAGCGCACCCUCCGCGUUUCUUUCCCAAGGGCAAGUGCCCCCACUUUGGACACUCUCCAGGCACUUUUUGGUCGCGAACAAGAAAUUUUGAAGAUCUCUCGCACAGAUGUUCGCUUCACAAUUGAUUCCGCAGCGCGUUACCCAUCUGCACGCGCUAUCCAUGCUGUUCUGCUUGAACAAGGAUGGGACAGUGACACCGGUUAACGAAGAUGACGGUGAGGCGGCUAUAGACGAAGCAGCAGCGCUUGACCUUCGUCGUUCGAUCUGGCGUUUCCUCUUAUCCGCAAUUCUUACCAUUCCGGUCCUAGUCUUAGUAUGGUCUGGUGGCUUCGAGAGUCAAUUCGCCCUUCGUGGUGGUGUCGCUCUCGGCUUGGCGUCCCUCGUGCAGAUAUUUUGUGCUGGUCACAUCACUCUUGCUGCAGGGCGCGCGGCCAUCAUCGACCAUCGUCUAGAUGCCGACGUUUUAGUUUCUUUAUCUUCCCUCUCUGCGUUCUUCUAUUCCAUUGUCAGCUACGGAUACAACGUCACGAAGCAUCGUGUCGAUCUCGAUAGCUUCUUUGAAACAAGCACUUUGCUCAUCACGUUGAUCCUACUCGGCCGUCUUGUUUCGGUCUACGCGCGGAAUGCGGCCAGACGAAGUUCGGCCGGCUUUACGCCUCCUCCUGUUGAAGUUGCACAUUGGGUUGACCCCAAAGUCGCUGAUAACAUCCGAGAUAUCCACACAGCAUUGCUAGAAGUGGAUGAUACGGUUGUUGCUCAUGCGGGUGAAACCAUUCCUAGCGAUGGUAUUGUCACCACCAACAUGUCAGAUAUCGACGAGUCUUUGGUCACUGGCGAGGCCAUUCCUAUAACCAAAGGCCCGGGAGCUCCAGUUCUUGCGGGAACAACAGUCAUCGGUCCACAAUCAUUAUAUAUCCGUUUAUCGAAAGCCGUCCAGGAUAACUCGCUCGCUGAGUUACGCCGUUUAACUGCUGAAGCGCGCUCCUCUCGUGCUCCUAUCCAAGAUACGGCUGAUAGGAUUGCGCGCCACGUCAUCCCCAUUGUCCUAGCUGUUUCGGCAAUCGCGUUUCUCGUGUGGACCCUAGUGCUGAAAUAUCCUAGGCACGAGUCCUCAGGUAAGGCCGUUGCAGAUGGUCUCUCCUACGCCGUUGCAGUAUUAGCUUUGUCAUGCCCAUGUGCCCUCACUUUAUGCGUCCCCCUCGUCGUUCUCUACGCACGGAACGCAUCCCAAAAGGCGCCAUUUUCACUCCUCUUCAAAUCAUCUGCUGCUCUCCAGUAUGCGCGCACCGUUACCCACGUCAUUUUUGAUAAGACAGGCACGUUGACAACGGGAAAGAUGAGAGUAGACGAGUCAGUUUAUAACGAAAGCAGUGGAGUAUGGAUCGCAGGGGACGCUGAUGGGCUAAUCAAGGCUCUCGUCGCUGGGUCAGAGCACCCUGUCUCAGCUGCGGUGGCUCGACAUCUGGCUUUGGGAGCUGAUUUAGCCAGUAAUCUGGGCAAUGUAGAAACUGUAGUGGGAAAGGGCAUUCAAGCCAACUGGAAUGGCUCUAUCGUUCGUGGAGGAAGCGUUAGCUGGUGUGCAGUGCAAGAUGUUGAUUGCGUAGUCAAUAUGCUGGACGCUGGAAAGAGUGUCUUCGCUGUAACAGUUGACCAUGUCUUCCUCGCCGCCUUCGGAUUGGAAGACGAUCUUCGUCCUGAGAGUACCGAGGUUGUGUCAUCUCUGGUGGCCCGGGGAAUCACAGUAUCCAUUCUCAGUGGGGACCACCAGAAGGCCGUCGACGGAGUAUGUCUCAGGCUUGGAGUCGAGGGAGUCAAAGCGAAGGGGAAUUGCCUACCGGAAGACAAACGAGAUAUCGUUCGUAUGACGUCGUGGAGUGCGUCCUGCGACCAGGAUGAUGUCGAGUCUGGACAUGAGCAUGGUGAGCAGCACGGGCAUGCUCAUGCUCAUGGAACCCCGCAACAAAAGAAUAUUGUGGUAUUCGUGGGAGAUGGGAGUAACGACACCGCGGCCCUCGCCCAAGCAGAUAUCGGCGUAUCCCUGGUUUCGGGAACAGCUAUAGCCAUUAACUCGGCAGAUGUCGUUAUACUUUCCGGUGGUUUGAAGGGGUUGCUGCAGAUUGUCACGGUGUCCCGUCUAACCUGGCGGCGCAUUGUGUUGAGCCUCGCCUGGGCACUAUCGUACAACGUCUUAGCUGUGCUCUUUGGCUCCGGGCUCCUUGUUGAGGUCCGCAUAGAGCCACAGUGGGCAGGACUGGGUGAACUUGCAUCCCUAGUGCCGGUGUUGCUGGUCGCUCAGUCGUGUCGUUUUUUCAACUGAAGGUAAGGUGAAUGAUGCUGAAAGAAAACGAAAGAAUUUCCAGGAGAAAAUUAUGUACUUACUAUAUUUAACCACGGUUUUACGAUGAUCAGUAUAUGCGUAGUGUGUUCCUCUUUGUGUAGUGCUAUACCUAAUAUCUAUAUACAAAGUCGGCGUAUUCUUCUUACCCGAGAACUCUGC